AUGAGUAUGCCAUCAUUUGUUCGAACACCAGUUGUCUAUGAUCCAUCAUACUGGCAUUCAAAUGUGUAUGGACGUAUGCAAGUUUUUCCAAAUUAUAAACCUAAAGAAGGUGUUUACUCGAGCUAUGAUAAGGAUCAAAAGAUUCAAAACCCGUUAAUGAACUAUGAAGCUUACUUCCCAAAAGGGUCAUCAGCCAACAAGGCUAAUCAUGAUCAGGGUCUGAAGAGGUCUAAAAUGUUGUGGGAGAUGAAAAAUGGUGAAUUGCAGGUGUCAGGGAAGAAGAAGGCGUUUGGGAAGGUGCAAGUUAAUGGGCAUGGGCAUGGUUUAGAGGGGAAAUUGAGCUACUGA